AUGUCUGCACAAAAGGUUGCUCGAAUCGAGGAGAGCGCGUCUGCUGCUGCGCCCUCCACUGUUAGUGUGCUCAGAGCAAGUCGUGAGGACACCAGUCUCAAAGACAGCGAGUUCUGCAACUCCAUCAAUCCGCUGUUCAUACUCUCUGGCCCUCGUGGAAACGCCAUCAACCCGCGCAGCAGCGACUACCGACUCAACGCCCUAAUUGACGUGGUCGAUGACUCAGUCUUUCAGGUGAUGAGCGACGCGUGGGCCGCUGUUGGUGUGCCAGCGGAUCGCUACUGGCGCAGUCCUCAGCAUCUCCGCGGCGGAAGUUCAACGGUACUGCCGUCGAAAGAGACAUCCUCAUCACCACCCAAAUCGCUGGAGCUACGUGUCCCGAACCCCCUUCGUCUUUACGCGUCCUUCUACCCUACACGCAUUGAGGCGCUGGCGGCCCGUGGUUACGGCGCCCAUCGUGGCCUUCUCCCUCUCGCACUGGACCGGAGAGGGGGCUCAGGAAGUAAACUGUUCAACGUUCUUCCACGAUGGAGUGCUAACGUGCUUGACAUCGAUGAAUCAGCUGUGGAGCCUUCGGCACCCAUUAUCCGUGGCAGUGCCAUUGCCGAUUUCGUCAACGCUAUACCCCACAGGCAAGAUCGAAACUUGUACGCGCUGGUGGAUGAGGCGUGCCCGGUGGAUCCUUACUUCGAUGUGGAUUUUUCGUACGACCCGGAACAUGACGACCCAAGUGAUGCCUUGCUCGUGCAGAGCUAUGGCGAAGGGAAGGAGGUGACGUCGGUGACCGCCUUUUCCGCCGAGGCUGUGGAGAAGGUGCUGCUCACAAUUCUCACCGCUCUUCGACGCGAGGUAGAGACUGAGCUCAAAACAACGGUGGCCGAAUGUCUGGUGCUGACGAGCAGCCUUCAAACAGGGCGCCAUUCGGAUUCACCCUCAGAGCCGGUCUCCUUGGAGCAGCUGAAGCUCAGCUUUCACGUGCACUUUCGUCUAGCUGACAGGGCGGCGAUAGAGUCAGUGCGAGAGAUGCACACCUUCAUGACUCGACUUCGUUCGCGACUCCGCGACGAAGAGGCGGCGGCGGCAGCAUCUCUCCCGUUGGGUGGCCCCGCGCGAGAGAGGAGUGAGGACGCUCGAAAGGUCUCCAACCUCCUGCUGCGGUGCGUGGACUUCGGUGUGUACACGCGGUGGCGCGCCUUUCGUCUACCAUAUAACGUCAAGGCAUCUAACGCUGUGCAGUCAAGUGCGUUGGCGAGCGGAGCUGGGGAUGACUUGCUGGAGGAGCAGCUCCGGCAGCUGGGCAUCGCCCUUCCGGAUAGCCGAGUAGGCAGUGCAGCACCGCUCGUGCUGCAGAGCCUCUUCCUCGCCGCAGACGUUUCGACUUGCAAAACGCAGCGGUAUUUGGUCCAGAACUUAGCGAUGCAUUUUCGCUUUCUGCUGCCUGUGUUGCCGGGUGCUACGGAGCUGACAUCAGUUGCACUGAAAGAGUUUCUCUCUCCGCUCGUACCUCCGCAAGUGCGAGCGGCGGCGGCGGCGAUGAGCGGGCCCACUUCUCCCAGUUCUUCAGCAAGGGACGUGGUGAGUGCAUGGGUUAUGGAGCUCGCCUGCAUCGUGCGAGAUGCUUCAACACUGCCGUGCUCGCACAACGGAGGAGCAACACAGGUGACAGCGGCAAGCUCAUCCUUCCGACUCCUUCGUGACGAGGUUGCGAUCACUGCUGCCGUUGCAGAAGCGUCUGCGCAGACCACCAGCAGCCCUUUUGACGUGCCGCUUCCUUCCAUGCCACGAAGUAUCCGGGUGCGAGUCGAGGAUGCAGAGACAAGGAGGUUGCUUGCGGAGGUGUUUUGGUGUAUAGCGCCAGAGUACGGCGGUGCAUGCUCUGUUGUGAGAACCCCACCAGUAGAGGAAGCGUGGAGCGCACUCUCAGCGACAAACCCCAUCACCCCAGAGCGCAUCAACGCGCACUACGAGGACUCCAUUCGAGCCUACUACGUCAUGCAGAAGCAGAACAAGUACUGCAUUCGUCUGCACAGGAGUCACAAGGCAACCUUCGCACAGCUGUACCUGACAUUUGGAUCCAUUAAGAUUCGCUGCUACGCAAACGACUGCUGCGACCGGUGCUGUGUUAUUCCAUGGGCAGCUCCAAAUAACCCCAAGUCGGGACCGCAGCAUCACGCCGGGUACCCCAGAUAUGAUCGUCUCAUGGCGAUCCGCAAUGCGCUGUUUCCGCCUCUGUCGACGGAGGAGCUGGUUCGCCGCUACGGAACGGGCGUCUUGCAAUACGUGUAG